GGCAUGAAGUGAAACGUAAGCACUAGUCAAACUGAAACAAUUUUUUAAGAAUUACCAUGGAUCGAGGUUGGUAGGAAUUCUAUCCAUAUUUUUUGGUUAGAUCUAUCUUUUUUUUUUUUUUUGUAUUAUUAAAAUGUAAUCUCUGACGACAUUCAAGGGUUUGGCUUUGGCUGAAAUAAUGUCAGCUACGUCAAGGGCAACAAGCGUUUAUUAGUUUAGUCAAACUGAAACAAUUUUUUAAGAAUUACCAUGGAUCGAGGUUGGUAGGAAUUCUAUCCAUAUUUUUUGGUUAGAUCUAUCUUUUUUUUUUUUUUUUGUAUUAUUAAAAUGUAAUCUCUGACGACAUUCAAGGGUUUGGCUGUGGCUGAAAUAAUGUCAGCUACGUCAAGGGCAACAAGCGUUUAUUAGUUUAUAUUAAAGAUCUCAUGAAUAAAAUUGAAAGUAAGUGUGUGGCCUUAACACUGCUUCAUAGAGAACGACACACAGAUUAGUUUGUCUUUUUUGGAAAAAAAGAAAAUGUUUUCUUAAGCAUUGUUCUGUAUUAUACAUAAUUUAAAAAAUACAAUUUUUAUUUUAUAAUAACUAUUAUUAUUAUUACUACUACUACUACUACUACUACUACUACUACUACUAUUAUUGGUACUAUUAUUAUUACUUUUAUUAUAGUUUAGAUUUUUACUUCAGUCUAAACAGAAAAUAAGAUAAAUUUUCAAUGUAGAGAGAUGAAAAUUUACCUUUAAUCAUAUUCAAUUCAAGCUUGAACAAAACUUGUGUCAAAAACAUUAUUCAAACAACCAUUUUAUUUAGGAUACUUUUAAAAGAAGGAGAAACUUUGAUGUUAUCAUAGUUACGUCAUGAUAAUAAAAGACAGUCAUAUACGUAUUCCCAAAGCAGCAAAUACAAAUUAUUUCAGUUGAUGCAUGGCAGAAUUUAAUAAGUGUCAUCCCUAAAAUUUCGGACUUUUCGAAUAAAGAAAGAAGUAUUACAACCCUUCAUCAGUAUAAUUUAAGAUUUUAUCACUAUUUUACUUUCGUUCAAUUUUGUUUAUGUUCAUUUCCUAAAGGUCAGAAUCAUACGAAACUAAAUUUACACGUUCAGAACCCAGAUAUAUAGCAUUAAGGAAAAUAUUUUGAAAUGUAUAGAACAUUUUUAAACAAUAUUUUUCCUGCCUACGAAAUACAACAACUAAGCUUUUCGUACACGAAACACGCGACAUGUAGGUGUGAGAUGGUUUUCAUCGAGACACUACCAGCCAGCUUUGCUUUUAAUCUUUGCGGACCAACAACCCGCACGAUAUGCCCAGCCAUUGUGCCCGGCAUGCGAUGACCCAAAUGUAGACGAUUACGUCAUUGCACAUUUGAUAAUGGCAUUAAAAUUAUAGUUUAGAUGAACAGGGUGGGGAUGGGGUCGAAGGGUCAAAGAUCAGGCGGGCCCCAAAAUUGCCUUCAGAUAGGAACUGAACAGCGACAUUGAUGAUGAGGGCACGUGUACUUCACAAAGACAAUGGACGCCAAAAUCGUCUUUAGAUAGGAACUGAACGAUGACAUUGAUGAUGAAGGGCACGUGUACUGUAAGGAAACCUUGCUUACUCUCUGACAAACUUCAUCUAGAUCUGGUACUCAAUAAGGAAACAACUCCGGUGAUACAUUUGAUGAUUAAACUCGUGUUCUUUAUAGGGCUGUCACUUGCUUACACUUUCACUCAUCUCACAACUCUGACUUCUCCCUGCUAUCUAGUUCUCAGUCCGGCCGCCUUCCUCUUCUAACCAUCCGGCCGCACUCUUCCUCCGUCCCGUCCAGAGAUCCCUAUUUAUACCUCCCCCGUCCCAUAGUUCCUCUCCCAGUCCAGGCGCCAGGUCUAGACGUCCCAGGUAAAUGCCCUGGUCAGAUGGCUUGAUCCGUCGAUCGUGAUCCCUGGUCAGCUGGCGCCGGCUGUACCUGCCAGACGGUGUCAGACGGCCGUUAAUCCCUAGUCAGACGCCCCCGGCCGAACUCUCCACACUACUUCACAAAAUCGUCUUUUUCCAUUAAAUCUGCCCCGAGAGGCUUAUUUCUCAACAUAUGGAGGGUGCCUUUUGAUCUUCAUCCUCGGCGCCGCUUUUCCUCCACUUUGCCCUCUCUGCACACACACACACACACAUAUAUACACACACACUGUAACCUCUCCAUAAUUUGAGGAUGUUUUGGUAAUCUCGAAGGAGAUGAGACUUACGACGAGAGUACAGAGAAGCCGCAUGGUCCAACCAAAAUGGUUAGAAGAAUGUUAAACGAUUGCUCAAAGAAUGUUAAAAGAUUGCUUAAAGAAUGUUAAAAGAUUGCUCAAAGAAUGUUAAAAGAUUGCUCAAAGAAUGUUAAAAGAUUGCUCAAAGAAUGUUAAAAGAUUCCUCAAAGGAUGUUAAAAGAUUGCUCAAAGAAUGUUAAAAGAUUGCUCAAAGAAUGUUAAAAGAUUGCUCAAAGAAUGUUAAAAGAUUGCUCAAAGAAUGUAUAAAGAUUGCUCAAAGAAUGUUAAAAGAUCGCUUAAAGAAUGUUAAAAGAUUCCUCAAAGGAUGUUAAAAGAUUGCUCAAAGAAUGUUAAAAGAUUGCUCAAAGAAUGUUAAAAGAUUGCUCAAAGAAUGUUAAAAGAUUGCUCAAAGAAUGUUAAAAGAUUGCUCAAAGAAUGUUAAAAGAUUGCUCAAAGAAUGUUAAAAGAUUGCUCAAAGAAUGUUAAAAGAUUGCUCAAAGAAUGUUAAAAGAUCGCUUAAAGAAUGUUAAAAGAUUGCUCAAAGAAUGUUAAAAGAUUGCUCAAAGAAUGUUAAAAGAUUGCUUAAAGAAUGUUAAAAGAUUGCUCAAAGAAUGUUAAAAGAUUGCUCAAAGAAUGUUAAAAGAUUGCUCAAAGAAUGUUAAAAGAUUGCUCAAAGAAUGUUAAAAGAUUGCUCAAAGAAUGUAUAAAGAUUGCUCAUGAAGAAGGAUAGUAUACUUAUUAAAAGCGCUCUUGUACACCGAAGAAGCCCACACUCGGUAGUAAAUGGUUGUUUUAUACCUCUGCUGUCCGUGUGACAGUAGCAUGUGUUGUGUAAGGGCGGCACCUGAUAUCGUCCAUUGUGGAGUGGACUUGAGGAACGCGUUUGUGAUGGUGGUAGCCUCCGACUAGUAUGUGAGAAAUAAUUGCCCACAGUGAUCAGAUAGUAACUACAAAAGUACUAUGGGUUGGCCAAGAAAAGCCACGUGCAUUACAACCAUCAUCUACGUUACAUAUACAUUCAUUUAUAAAUUAUAUAUAUUGCCAGGAAGUUCCAAUGUCAAGCUUGGCCUCCGUGUAGUCCGUGGACCUGACUGGAAGUACGGCGAUGAUGACCUAGAAGGAUUAGUUGGUACUGUUGUGGAGAUUGGCGGUCAAAAUGGAUCUGAGGCGCCUGAAAACUCCGUGGUAGUGGUCUGGGAUACAGGCGUCAAGUGCUACUACAGAACUGGUCAUGGGGACAGCUAUGACUUGCGCGCGUUUGAUAACAUCCAAUGUGGUGAGUUCUGUAGUAGCACAACUGUUUGUUUCGCAUGUAAG